AUGUCGUACUUAAACAAUCCCGCCGUUGUCAUGGACAAUGGUACCGGGCUGACCAAGCUCGGCUUCGCCGGCAAUGAUGCUCCCUCGUGGGUCUUCCCCACGGCAAUAGCUACGGCAGCACCUUCCAAUACCAAGAAGUCGUCGGGUGUUGGCGCGACUUCAGCAACUGGUAGCGAGGCAUCAUACUUUGGUAAUGCCACGUCCGCUACUAAUUUCAACGGUGCCACUGGUGGCCUGCUAUCCAAUAAUUUGUCCGGUAAGAGAGGUACAGAGGAUUUGGAUUUUUAUAUUGGGAAUGAGGCUUUGGUGGCAUCGCAAGGGCCCUCUUAUUCAUUAAGUUAUCCGAUCAGACACGGACAAGUGGAAAAUUGGGACCAUAUGGAGAGAUUCUGGGAAAAUUCCAUUUUCAAGUAUUUAAGAACAGAACCUGAAGAUCAUUUUUUCCUGUUGACCGAACCACCACUGAACCCUCCAGAAAACAGAGAACAAGUCGCUGAAAUUUUCUUUGAAUCGUUCAAUUGUGCUGGUCUAUAUAUUGCUGUGCAAGCAGUUUUGGCACUGGCUGCGUCUUGGACCUCCUCUAAAGUGACGGAUAGAUCAUUGACCGGUACUGUGAUAGAUUCUGGUGACGGUGUCACUCACGUUAUUCCAGUAGCAGAAGGUUACGUUAUUGGCUCAGCAAUCAAGAAUAUUCCAAUUGCCGGCAGAGACAUCACGUUGUUCAUACAAUCCCUGUUAAGAGAACGUGGCGAAGCAGACACUUCUCUGAGAACUGCAGAAAAGAUUAAGCAGGAAUAUUGUUAUGUCUGUCCAGAUAUUGUGAAGGAGUUCAAUAAAUUCGAUAGAGACCCUUCCAAAUUUGCUCAAUUUGUGGUGGAAAAUCAAGAAAAAACGAGGAGAAAAGUUGUAGAUAUUGGCUAUGAAAGAUUUCUGGCUCCAGAAAUCUUUUUUAACCCUGAAAUUGCAUCAUCUGAUUUCUUGACUCCUUUGCCUAUGGUAGUAGAUCAGACAAUCCAGGCGUGUCCUAUUGAUGUUCGUAAAGGUCUUUACAAUAAUAUCGUAUUAUCAGGUGGAUCCACCAUGUUCAAGGAUUUUGGACGUCGUUUACAAAGAGAUUUGAAGUCAAUCGUAAAUAGCAGAAUUGCGCAAAGUGAGCUGUUAAGCGGCACUAAAUCAACUGGUGUAGAUGUUUCCGUGAUUUCUCAUAGAAAGCAGAGAAAUGCUGUUUGGUUUGGUGGUUCGUUACUGGCACAAACCGCUGAAUUCAAGGGCUACUGUCACACUAAGAAGGAUUAUGAGGAAUAUGGUCCAGAAAUUGUCAGAAAUUUCAGCCUAUUCAACAUGGUUUGA